AUAAUUCGAGAUAAAACUUUUUUUUGGUUGAAAUUUUUAAAUAAUUUGUUUAAAUUCAUGGAUCAAAAUAAACCCUUUACGAGUAGUAAUAAUAAUCAUAUAGCUUUAAUAUUUAAACUUUCGAUACUUUCGCGAUUUUUAGCAUGGAUAAUAGCAUUAAUAUCAACGUUUAUAGUAGAUGAUUAUGAUUCAUCGGUAGAUACCAUAUUAAUAAGUCAUGAAGAUUCAACUUUAAUACAAAAAAUAUUCAAUAUUUGUUUCAGAGUAUUUUUGAGAUGGGAUGCUUUUUACUUUACGCAUAUAAGUGAAGAAGGGUAUGUCUAUGAACAAGAACACGCCUUUUUCCCGUUGUUACCAUUAUUAGCUAGAGGUUUAAGUAAUUCAGUAUUCUUACCAUUAGGAUAUUUUUUAACGUAUAGACAGAUUUUACUCUUAUCAGGAGUUUUAAUAGCCAAUGUUUCUUUUAUAUUAGCAUCAAUUAAUUUAUAUAAAUUGACUCUUUUAAUAUUUAACAAUAAAGAAAAAUAUGAAAAAUAUGCAUUGGUGACAUCAAUAUUUUACAUAUUAACACCAUCUUGCAUGUUUAUGUCAACGAUGUAUACUGAAAGUUUAUUUGCAUUUUUAAGUUUUUUUGGUAUGCGAUUAUUUUAUGAAGGAAACAUUUGGAUUGCUGCAUUUAUCUGGAGUUUAUCUUCGUUUACUAGAUCAAAUGGAAUCGUAUAUAUUGGAUUUUAUAUAUAUGAAUUUUUAAUUAAAGAUAUAAAUAGGAUUAAUGUAAUGAAAAUAUUUGUAAGAUUGAUAAAAACCACAAUAUUGAGUUUAAUCGUUCUUUUUGGAUUUUUAACAUUUCAAAGUUAUGGAUAUUAUGAAUAUUGUAUUUUAAAUGAACCAAGAUCAUGGUGUAAUAAUAAAAUACCAGUAUUAUAUUCAUUCGUUCAAAUAUUUUAUUGGAAUGCUGGAUUUUUAACAUAUUAUGAAAUUAAACAAAUUCCAAAUUUUUUAUUAGCCACUCCAAUGAUAUUAUUAUCAUUUUAUGGAAUAUAUGAUUAUUCUAAAAUUGAUUUCAAAAGAAUAUUUACUCUUGGAUUACAACAAAAACAGCAACAAUUAGAGAUCAAAACACCAUAUUAUACACAUAAUUUAUUACCUUUUAUUUAUUUAUGGGCCGUUUUAUUAUUAUAUUCAAUUACAUCAAUACAUAUUCAAGUUAUUACAAGAUUUUUUUCUUCACAACCCACAGUUUAUUGGUUCGUUGCACAUUUAUUUAUGAGAUCGAUAUCCAAAGAAGCUAGCAAAUUAGACAAAAUAUUAGGAUAUGGUAUGAUGGUUUAUUUUGUUUUAUAUGGUGGAAGUGGAAUUAUCCUUUUUGCUAAUUUCUUUCCACCAGCAUAAUCGAAUGAUGAGAAGGUGAGGUGAACAAAUUUUAUAGAAAAAUUUUCAUUUAUUUAUUUGUUAUUUUUUUUUUUUUGAAUAUA